AUUAAAGAACAUAAAUCAAUGUUGCCCAAACCUUAUAGAAAUAUUGGUCAUCAGCCUAAAAAUAUUAUACCUAUUAAAAUAGUUGAUAAAGUCAAACUUUUUAUUAAAUUAUUUGGUAAUCAACAUGGUGAAAAACAGGCU